CAAUGUGCUUCAUCCACAACAGUUUUCUACCAUUCGUACGAGCCCACCGUUGGUCAACAAGCAAGCACACAACAAGUGACAACUGCCGCUACGCAACGAAAAGCCAUCAAACAACAAACAAACAAACAAUAGGAACCAAWCGAACACAGGAACARKAAGCAAGCAACCCAUCACAUCCCGUCCCGAAACAAACGCACAAACAAAGCACAAAGCACCAUGGUCGUCCGUCUGCGGCUGCAGCGCUUCGGCCGGACCCACGCCCCCUUCUACCGGAUGGUCGCCGCCAACGCCCGGGCCCCCAGGGACGGGAAGUUCCUGGAGAUCGUCGGAACGUACAACCCGAUCGCGAACCGCGACGGCAUGAAGGAGAUCCGCCUCAAGGAAGACCGUCUCAAGUACUGGCUCGGCGUUGGUGCCCAGCCGUCGGACCGGGUGGCCUGGAUCCUCGGCAAGUUCGGGAUCCUGCCGCCGCCGCCGWCCAGGUUCAACCCCGAAAAGUCCAGGGUCAAGAAGGCGGAGGAAGAAUAGUGCCGUGGGUUCAAAGAAAGAGAGAUGGUUGGGGCGAUUUUCAAGUACCCUKCUGUUAACU